GGAGCCAUGGAGCCGGGCGGGGUGACGGUGCUGCCGCGGGCCAGAUUGCAGUUUCCUGCGAUUCCCACAUUAAGAAGUGAUCAAGGAGGAGAAAUAUCUGAUGUAUAUUAUGUUGUCCAACCUAAGAAUUACACAAGUCUUGUAAAUUCAGCAAUUGGUAAUCUUUCUACCUGGCCGGCAUAUGGAGCAGGACAGACCAUCACCCGAAAGCACAAACCAUGUGCAGAAUCAGAUCUGCGUUGUACCAGGUCAGGAAAAGAAAACGCCAGCACUGUGUCCAAGCCACGAUAUCUGGAAAAACUUGAGUCCUAUUUGAGAAGAGAACUACAAUCUCUGGAUUCAGCCAAAGUAAUCUCUCAAGAACUAAGGUUACAGCCUUACAGAGAUGUCUUUGAUUAUUUUAUGGAGGAUUUUAAGACCUACAAACCGUUGCUCUGUGCCAUUAAAAAUGAGUAUGAAGUCACUCUUGCUCACCAGAGAGAACAGAUUCGAGCCCUGGAACCCCUGAGGACCAUGCUUGUUUCCGUAUCUGAACGUUGUGAUAAGAAGAUUCAAGACAUUUAUGAAAAAGAAAGACUCGAAGUAAAAACUCUGAAAAUGGAAAAACACAAUCUUUUGAAAGUGAUUGAUAGGUUGAAAGAAGAGAAAAUCUCUUUACAGGGUCAGGUCUCCAAACUGCAGGAAGAGAUGGAAAAGGUAUACCUAAUGUACAGGGAUGAGUGUGACGCUCGUAAACUUCUUAUAUCGGAUAUAAAUGAGCUGAAGUAUCAGCAAGAAGACCUUAGGCUUUCCCAGGAUCAUAAAGAACAGGGAGAAGACCCGGUGACUUUAGCCGUGGCGUUAAGAGUGGCCCGUAGUGAUCUCACAAAAACUCAAGUUCUCCUGAAUACAUUAAAAGCUGAUUAUGGAGAUGUUGUUCCCAGAAGAGACUUUGAGAAUCAGGAAAAAAAAGUAGCUGCAUAUGAAGAAAAGAUAGAACAUCUUCAGAAGGACCUCUCCCAGCUACAGGGAGAACACCAGUCACUUCUAGACAUCAACCAACAGGUUGUACAGGAACGCGAUUCUUUCUGCAGGGAGGUGGCCGAUCUUCAGGGAAAUAGAACUCCUAGGCCAGCCUGGGAGAAAUGUGUUGAUAUUUUUCCUGAAGUCUUUCAACGAUGGUCAGAAGUAUCUGAGGGAAAGAGCAGCGAUCAGCUGGUGGAUGUGUUACUGACAGAACUGGGCACUAAAAUUCUCAAAGAAAAGGAUUUCUUUCCAGGCAUGGGAAUGGGAGAUAAUGUUCCCAUCCAUCUGCGCCAUGAAGGACCAGUCAAAAACCUACGAUUAAGUCUAAGAGAAGUGUACAGCAUGAUGAAGGAAAUCUGGAAAGAAAAAUUUGCCAUUGACCAGCAGAAGGGCAGACAGUCAUCUCUCUCAGAGUUUAUGAUGAACCAUCUACAGAAGAAGUUCGGAGAGGCUUCCAUUGAAUGGUCAUAUUCUUUGCACCAGACAUGUCGGAUUCAAUUGAUAAAUGAGCAAAUGUAUUCAUUUUACAGAGUCCUUAUGGGUCAGAUGGAUGAAGAUUUGUAUGAUGCCUUGUUUCAUGUGCACUCACACCUUCUGAAGGAGCUCACCACUGCUGACGGCUCCGAUGUUGGGUCACUGACACGGGAGCAGUUCAGUCUCCAACUCACAAAAUCCUUUCCAUCAAAAAGUUCGGAUGAAAUUCAAGAACUUUUAGACACUGCAGAUUCUCAACUGAUGCCAGAAGAUGAAAACAUUAAUUACAAGUCUUUAUUCAGUGAGGAUGAAGAGGGAAAUCCAUGUAAUUUUAUCACGAUCCUCAGAAACCAAUUUUCUGCUGAGAGAAAGCAGUAUCUGCAGGAGUUGAGAAAUAAACUUGGAAGCAAUCUUGUUAAACCUGAAGACCUCAAAGCUGCAUUUUUGUCCCUGGAUCCUGACAUUGAGGACAAGACACUAGAGAGAUAUCUGUCUCGAGCCUUUCAAGUGAACAAGGAACAGCUGGAAACAACUAAGUCACUGUCUCUCAAACAAUUAUUUCAAAAUUUGGAGGCAGUAAACAUAAGGAAAGCCGGACCUGCGGCUCAAGUGUAAAGAUGUUACACAUGGGAGCUAGAAGAUUCUGGAACAAAGAGUCUAUGUUAUAUUUCUUCAACCUCUCUCCA